AUGAAUGGGGAUAUGCCUCAUGUUCCCAUCACUACUCUUGCAGGGAUUGCUAGCCUUACAGACCUUUUGAACCAGCUGCCUCUUCCAUCACCGUUACCUGCUACAACAACAAAAAGCCUGCUUUUCAAUGGACGGAUAGCUGAAGAGGUGAAUUGCCUUCUGGCUUGCAGAGAUGAAAAUCUGGUUUCACAGCUUGUCCACAGUCUCAAUCAGGUGUCAACAGAUCACAUAGAAUUGAAAGAUAACCUUGGCAGUGAUGAUCCUGAGGGAGAUAUACCAGUCUUGCUGCAGGCUGUCCUGGCAAGGAAUCCUAAUGUUUUCAGGGAGAAAAGCAUGCAAACCAGAUAUGGAGUACAAAGUGGAAUGAUGAUGUCGCAGUUUAAUAUUUCUCAGAAUUCCAUGCGAGGUAGUCCUGCAUCUUCCAAUUAUCAACAAACCACUAUCUCACAUAGCCCUUCCAGCCGGUUUGUGCCACCACAGACAAGCUCUGGUAACAGAUUUUUGGCACAACAGAACAGUCCAGUGCCUAGUCCAUAUGCUCCUCAAAGUCCUGCAGGAUACAUGCCAUAUUCACAUCCUUCUAGUUAUACACCACAUCCUCAGAUGCAGCAAGCUUCAGUAUCCAGUCCCAUUGUCACAGCUGGGAUGAGGACUCUCCAUGAAAAUAAAGUUUCAAGUCAACUGUCUGGAAAUUCAGCUAAUCAUCAUGCUGAUAAUUCUAGACAUGGCUCAAAUGAUGACUAUCUACAGAUGGUGCAUAGGCUAAGUAGUGAUGAUGGAGAUCCUUCAAUAAGGAAUGCUGCAUCUUUUUCCUUGAGGUCACCACAGUCAGUCUGCUCUCCAGCUGGAAGUGAUGGAACCCUUAAAGGAUCAAGACAACCUUUAAUCCAACAAUCUCAGCCUCCACCUUAUUCAUCACCUAGAGAUGUUCCCCCAGACAUAUUGUUAGAUUCUCCAGAAAGAAAGCAAAAGAAACAAAAGAAAAUGAAGUUAGGCAAGGAUGAAAAAGACCAGACUGAAAAAGCUGCAAUGUAUGAUAUCAUUAGUUCUCCUUCCAAGGACUCCACUAAGCUUACAUUAAGACUCUCUCGUGUAAGAUCUUCGGAUACGGACCAGCACGAUGAUAUGCUUUCUGUUUUGGAAAACAGCAGCGUGUCAGAGGGUGAUAUUCCUUUUAAUGUGCAGUACCCAGGACAGACUUCUAAAAUACCCAUUACUCCACAGGACGUCAACCGCUCACUAAACGCUGCUCAGUGUUUGCCGCAGCAUGAGCAAACAGCUUUCCUUCAGGCACAACAAGUGCCUGUUUUACAACAGAACGCUUCAGUUACUGCAAAACAACCUCAAACUCCUGUGGUACAGACACAGCAACAGGUUUCGCAACAAGGAACUAUAACGUCAUAUGAUGAAGUAGAAUUGGAUGCAUUGGCUGAAAUUGAGCGGAUAGAACGUGAAUCAGCUAUUGAAAGGGAGCGAUUUUCAAAAGAAGUGCAAGAUAAAGAUAAGCCUCUAAAGAAGCGAAAACAGGAAAACAAACCGCAGGAGCCUGGAGGUACUACUGGAGGAAAUAGAGCAGCUUCUCAGGAGACAGGUUCUGCAGGAAAUGGGGCGAGGCCAGCAUUGAUGGUUAGUAUUGAUCUGCAGCAAGCAGGAAGAGCAGACUCUCAGGCAACAGUAACUCAGGAUUUGGACGCCAUGAGAAAACCUGAAGAAAUUAAGCAGUAUAAUGAUGGAUUUGUGUGUGUUCCCCAAGAAGAUGCUGUUGGAGUUCUUCAAUUUAAACCUGAAAACCAUCCUGAGAUUUUUAUGAAAACGUCAGACUUCGAGGGUCAGAAGACAGAUAUCCAGCAAAAUGAAAAAAGACAAAUGGAAUUUCAGCAAAAUUUGAGCGGGGGAUUGGAAAGUAAACACAGUGAGAACAAACAGAUACAAGCUAAACAUGAAAGCAAGCAUGAAAGCAGACAUAUAGAAGUGAAGCACAAUGAGAACAGACAGAUAGAAUCAAAACAAAAUGAGAGCAGGCAAAUGGAGAUGAAACAAAAUGAGGGUAAACAAAAUAAUGGCAAGCAGGAAAUAAGGCAGAGGCCUGAAAUGCCAAAACAGAAGAGUGAAGGCAGGCCUGAAACACCAAAACAUAGACAUGAUAACAGGAGAGACUCCAGUAAAGCAUUGUCAGAUAAAAAAUUUGAAAUAUCUAGGCAUAAACUAGAUAUGAAAUCUGAUCUUUCAAGGAUAAAAUCUGAAAGUAGAUCUGAUCUAACAAAACAAAGGCCUGAUGGACGUUCAGUUUCUGAUACACCGAGGUGUGACUAUGAUAGCCUUAAACAAAGAUCUGAGGACAGGGAGGAGUCGGAGAGAUACAGAGGAGAUCCAUCCAAGAUUAGAAGGCCUGAAUAUUUGAGAUCCUCAAACAAAAAUGAACAUGAUUCUAAGCAUGGUAUUAAAUCUGCUGGUUCAAAAGUUGAGAAAUUUGAAAGGAAACACAGGCACGAGUCUGCUGAAUCAAGGGAAAGGUUUUCUUCUGGAGAUCAGAAAUCAAGAUCUGACAGCCCUCGCAUUAAACAGGAAGGUAAAGGAGAUUCUAGUAAACCAAGACCUGAUAAACCUGCUUUUAAAUCACCCAACAGCAAGGAUGAACGAAGGACAGAUGGUAAUAAGAGUAAAGUAGAUAGUAAUAAAGCACAUGCUGACAAUAAAGCAGAGUUUCCCAGUUAUUUGUUGGGAGCAAGAUCUGGCACACUGAAACAUUUUGUCAUUCCAAAAAUCAAACGUGAUAAAGAUGGCAAUGUCACUCAGGAGUCAAGGAAAACUGAAUUUAAAGGUGAACAGAAGGACAAAAUAGAGAAGAUUGGGCUAGCUGAAGAUCUAAAUAAAGGAGCUAAGCCUGUAGUUGUCCUUCAAAAACUUUCAUUGGAUGAUGUGCAGAAAUUUAUUAAGGAUAGAGAUGAUAAAUCAAGAGGCUCUUUUAAACCUAACAAGAACAAAUCAUCCAAAUCUAAUAAAG